GUCGGUAAUACAUAGAUGUCGGUAGACCCGCUACGGGAUCCUCUUAAAUCAUCUAUUGUAGACUGGGACUUAGACAUGCAUGUUCUCUGGGUUGCAACAGGCCGUCAUAAAAUUGAGAGCUUUCCAGCAAGCGACACAAGUGUCGUUCUGUCUUUAUUAUUCAUUGAAUGCGAAGAAAGACAGAACGACAUUUGUGUUGACUUGUGUCGCUUGCUGGAAAGCUCCCAUUGUUUCAGGCAGAAAAUCAAGCUGGACGAUUGCAUGAUGGAAGAUGCGACGCAGACGACGGCGCACGAGCCGCAGAGCGCAGCGACCGACGAUUCCCUGGAGGUCGCCUUGAAAUCCUGGGAGCGCGUUAUGGACACCGCCGCCAAGAUCGGCUACAGAGAAGGGAUCCAGGACGGAGGUGACUCGGUGCUGCAAGAGGGAUUCGACAUCGGUUUCAAAGACGGCUUUGAGGCCGCUUUCCCGCUGGGAAGGCUCAAGGGUCUGGCCGUCGCCGCAACACCCACGCGGGAACAUCCCGUGCACGUGCUCGCCGCUCUCGACAAAACCAGACGUGGCGCGUGUAGGAUAUGCGACGUGGGGUCCUCUAAUCAGCGUGAGGGCAUCGCGUUCGAACGCGCGUUGGACGAACAGAGGAUGCACUCCAUGGAAGUGCUGGCCAGACUACACAUGUACUUCGAACCGAUCCUGAAGAAAUUGGGCAUCGACAUCAAUAUGUUAGAUAUACCUAAGUGACGUUUUAACGAAUAAUUGGUGAGAUUAUUGAAAGUCCAGUAAUAUCUUUGUUGGCAUGUUGCUAUAAAAAUUUAAUUUCCUAUAGAAAUUUUUAUUGAGACACUCGGACAGCUCCGCGACUUAAUUGUACAGAGAUUAUUAAUGAUUUUUAGAA